AUGGCAAGGGGAGUUCUCUGGGCCCUGGUGCUGCUGCUGGCCCCAGCGUGCUGCCCUGGGCAGGCCGGGGAGUACUGCCAUGGCUGGGUGGGCAGCCUGCAGCGCUGGCACCACGGCUUCCAGUGCCCUGAGCGCUACGAUGGCCCCGAAGCCACUCUGUGCUGUGGGACCUGCAGCUUGCGCUACUGCUGCUCGUCCCGAGAGGCCCGUCUGGACCAGGGGAGGUGCCCUGGUGACCAUCAGCAGCCCAGCCCCAGGCCUCCAGCGCCAGUGCCCGUGUACCUGCCGUUCCUUCUUGUCGGAUCUGUAUUUGUGGCGUUUGUUGUUGGCGGUGCCUGUGUUGGAAUUUGCUGCUGCAAAUGCUUAAAAUCCCAGGAGGAGGGGCAGCAAAGUGGACUUGCACCUGGCCAGACUUGGCUUCUAGAACCUGAUCUUCCUUCUCGCCUCUCCAGUUCCAGUUCUGCCACCAGAAGCUCUUUGAGUCCUCAGACCAGCAACGUCUGCAUGACUCUAGCUCCAUCCCUUCCUAUUAUUGGGUUGGCUGACGAUGCUCGGUUCUUAAAUCCUCCACCUACCAGUGGGCAACUCUUGCACCCUUCACAUGCUAACCACAGGAUACCAACCCAUCAUACCGCAAUAAUGGCUCCGGCAUCUUUCCUUAAAAGAACAAUUUAUGGACAGAGUGCUAACGCAACCCCUCUUGGGGUAACCCAGGGUGACCCGAUGAUGUACUCGGGAGUUCGUGUCUGA